UGUCACGUGAUAAGUACGCUGCAUACAAACACAAAAGGCGGGGUCUGAUUGCAAGCGGACGUUUGUACGUUACGUCCGGGUGCUUCGUAGGAAUGCGUCAUACAUGCUCGAGGUUUCUGAGUGUUUGUACACGACUGGCAGGAGUGCGGGGACAGAAGAGAACGGAGAGUUUGAUCAAACGGAUGGCUUCUUCAUUUGCAGCAGAUCGAACAUCAGUAACGGGCGAGAAUGUCUGGGUGGAAUUCACUACCUUGGCAGCAAAACACAAUGCCGUCAAUCUCGGCCAGGGCUUUCCCGACUUUGCUGCUCCAUUGUUUCUCAAGAAAGCUCUCGCUGAUGCAGUGAUGAACGAUCCACUCAAUCAGUACACACGAAGCAUGGGUCAUCUUCGUCUCGUUCAAGUUCUAGCUAACGUUUUCAGUCCCGUGUAUGGGAGGCAGUUGAAUCCAUUAACUGAAAUGUUUACAGCUGUGGGUGGUUAUGGAGUGUUGUUCUCUCUUAUUCACGGUCUUGUCAAUCCUGGUGAUGAGGUCAUCAUCAUCGAGCCAUUUUUCGAUUGUUAUCUACCGAUGGUCAAAAUGGCCAACGGAAUUCCCAAGUUUGUUUCAAUGAAACUUAAAAACGAAGGUGGGACGUCGGCGAAGGACUUUGUGCUUGAUCGAGAUGAACUAGCGGCAGCAUUUAGUCCCAAAACGAAAGCGAUUAUCAUUAAUACUCCUCAUAAUCCACUUGGCAAGGUUUAUAGUCGGGAUGAGUUGACAAUGAUUGCCGAACUGUGCAAGGAGAAUAACGUUGUGUGUAUUAGUGACGAAGUGUAUGAGUGGCUGGUGUUUGAUGGACUUGAACAUAUCAAAAUAGCCACACUUCCUGGUAUGUGGGAGCGAACAGUGACCGUUGGCAGUGGUGGCAAGACAUUUAGCGCAACUGGAUGGAAGCUGGGAUGGGCAAUCGGUCCCACAGAACUAAUCAAAUGUGGGCACGAUGUGUUAGUACAAACAACAUACACUUGCCCCACACCAAUACAAGAAGCUAUUGCUGUAGGGUUUGAACAUGAGCUGGCUGCGAAAGGGACCGAUGAGAGCUACUUUAAAGGAUUGUCGUUGUCGCUAGCAAAGAAGAGAGAUCUUCUUGUAAAGUUGUUGACCGAAGCGGGUAUGAAGCCGAUUGUUCCAGAAGGAGGCUACUUUCUAGUGGCUGACACAGCACCACUUAAUCUAACAUUCAAAAGUGAGAAGAACGAUCCAUACGAUUAUGAAUUUUGCCGAUGGUUCACUAAAGAGAGAGGAAUUGCUUGUAUCCCGCCAAGUGCCUUCUACUCAGACAAAAGCAAACAUCUAACUGACAAACUCAUUCGAUUCUGUUUUGCUAAGAAAGACUCUACUUUGGAGGCAGCAGUGGCACAACUUAAAGACUGGAAAGGUCAGAAUUAGUGAAGCCAAUUACCAAGAGAUCAACUUCGACAGAAAUUAUAUGAACGACUCUUGUACUAAUUAUAUUAUAUCAAACCUUUUACUUCCAGAUAGUAUUUGGAUUCUGAUUUAUCAUGUCCAAUGAUAGACACAUGUAGCUAUA